GAUUCCACUCCCCAUCUACACCUAUGGCUCAAACUCCUGUUUCACCAUUUACACCUUCUUCUUCUAUUCCAUCCUCUUCUUCCUCAUCUCCUUCCACUUCUACAAGUCAGGACUCUUUACAUAUUGCUCUUAAAAGAGCUACAAGGAUUUCUAGACAGCCUGCUUAUCUACAAGACUUUCACACAUCCUUCCUUACUACUGGAACUCCUUGUUCUCAUGAUGCCAGAAUGGCCUACCCUCUUUCUCAUUCUCUCAAUUACAACACCCUGUCCUCUAAUCACAAACACUUCACCCUUUCUAUUUCACUUCAACCUUAUCCUCAAACCUACUCUCAGGCCAUUAAGGAAGAUCAUUGGAAUAAAGCCAUUAUAGAAGAGUUGGGUGCCUUAGAAGAAAAUAACAUUUGGACUCCUGUUGAUCCUCCUGUUGGUCAGCAGAUUGUAGGGAACAAAUGGGUGUUUACUGUUUAAGACCAAAUUUUUACCUGAUGGGGUGAUAGAGAGAAGUAAAGCUCGUUUAGUAGCAAAGAGAUACACACAAACUUAUGGUGUUGACUUCAUUCACACUUUUUCCCCUGUUGCUAAACUGAAUUCAGUCAAAAUGCUUUUGGUUGUUGCUGCAAUCAAGGGUUGACACUUACGUCAGAUGGAUGUAAGCAAUGCCUUCCUCCAUGGUGACUUAGAGGAGGUUUAUAUGGAGGUACCAGAUGGUUUAAAGGGUCUAAGUUACCUGGAAGGAACGGUUCUAAAACUUAAUAACUCCCUUUAUGGACUUAAACAAGUCACCAGACAAUGGUUCAUCAAGCUGUCCGAGUAUUUGAAGCACAUGGGAUUUGAGCAAUCCCUUGAUGAUUAUUCAGUUUUCAAAAUGCUUUCAGUUGUCCUGAUUGUGUAUGUAGAUGACAUAAUGUUGGCAGGACCAGUUUUGGGUGAAAUUGAGCGUGUGAAGCAGGAAUUGAAGAAGGGAUUUAAAGUGAAGGAUCUAGGCAACAUGAGAUAUUUCAUGGGAUUGGAAGUUGCCAGAUCAAUUGAAGGGAUUUCACAGUAGUCAUGCACUUUCUUUGUUGUGUUCAUUGUUGCAUUGUUGUAACACUUGUAAUCUAGUGUUGAUGAGGGGAUAGUUGUGUUAUAUGCAGAUAUGGAGAGCACUCAGAAGUUUUCAUCUAGUGGCGGAUAGUUGUGUUGUAUGCAGAUAUGGAGAGCACUCAGAAGUUUUCAUCUAGUGGCGGAAUCACAGUUCUAGAAUUAGCCACUUAAGGGUAACUAGAAACCAACCAAAGAGCUUCAUCGGUGGAGAAUGGUGAAUAGAGGAGAGCAAAGAACCCUUCAAUUGAUGCAAUGCACAAACCAUAAAGGAGGGCCCUUCAUUUGAUUGUUAGGAUAAUGAUAGACCGUUAAUUACACAUGUUUUUACCCCUGUUCUUACACCGUUUGAGAUGUGAUUUCUCGCGUUUUAGGCCUAUUUCACGCUAGGUUGUGCUUGUUUAUGAUAUUUCAGGUCCUAGUACGUGAAUGGAGACUCGGGAGCGAGUUUGGGGUCGAUUGGACGAAGAUCGGGCGCGAGGCAAGUCACAAAGGAGGCCACACGGGCACACCCACAAAUAACACGGCCGUGCAACUCAUAUUUCUGGCCGUGCGAGUUUUUCCGAGAGCAAACACGGCCUGCCCUGACAACUAACACGGUCGUGGGAAGAAGUGGUCUGGCCGUGUGACUUUUGCCGAGAGCAGACACGGGCAGAUGGAAAUCAAACACGGCCGUGCCACUCUGGCCGUGUGAGAAGCCCGAAGAUCGAACUAAGUGCAACGCAGCGUUUUGACUCACACGGGCAACUGGGUAUGCCACACGGCCGUGUGGCCCUGCCCGUGUGGGAUUUCCUGGUUUUAACCCAAUUCCGGGCUGCAAGAGAGGGAUUGAAUUUCUUGAGCAAAAACAGAGCCCUAGAGAGAGAAAGGACGAAGAACUCACCCUAGAAGCCAUCUUGGAGCUGGGUUUCAUCAAAUCAAGCUUGGAGAUCGUCCUAGGAGUGGAAAUCAUCAUCCCGGAGCAGAUUUUCCUCAUCUUUAUGAGUAUGACUACUCCGAUUACUGUUUUCCUCUCUCUCUCUCUCUCUAUGGAGUAGAACCUCUCUCUCACUUGGGGAUGAAGAACCCUAGUUCUAUGUGUUAGGGAUUGAUUGUAAUGACUUGGGAUGAUAUUACUGUUUGAUUUUAAUCGAAUGAUGCAUGUUUAUUGAGUCAAUUGAAGUCUGAUCAACUUUUCCUGAUUCCUGCUGCAAUCUGAGAUAGAUAGAAUCUGAUUAGGUUGCUAGAGUCUCAUCAUUCGAUAGUAGGAGAUUGGCUAUACGAGAGUUAGCCAGUUUACUGCUUUGUACUGGAAUCCAAUUCCAGUAGUGGAGUUCUGUUCUUACUGCUUCAGCUUUCUAUCCCGGUGAAGACUAGUCGUCUGCCGGGUAGUUAGACUGAGAGGGCUUGGUCAGCUUAAGAGAUUCCAAGCUACUGUCGGAUCUUCCGCAGUCUAAUCAACAGUAAAUCAACCCAGGGGAAAUUGCAAUUGAACCUAACUAAGGAGCUAGGGGGACUCAUUCCCGAGUGACUCUUUCCUGCUUAAGAAAACCGUAUCAAUUCC